AUGGCAAAUCCAUCAGACAGCAUUCACACCCCCGCAACAGCCGACGGCUGGCAUGGCGUCAUCCCAAGCGCGCAGUUCCCCGCCGAAAAAGGCCGCUAUCACCUCUACAUCGGCCUCUUCUGUCCCUUCGCACACAGAGCAAAUUUUGUGCGUCACUUGAAAGGUCUAACAGAUUUCAUCGAUAUCAGUAUUGUCAAGCCUUAUCCGAAAGGUGACGCGAAUGGUUGGCCGGGAUGGAAAUUCCCAAGCUCUGAUACUGAGUACCCAGGCGCGACGGUGGAUCACCUCUUUGGGGAAGAUUAUUUGCAUAAGGUUUAUUUCCGUGCGGAUCCGGAAUAUAAGGGACGAUACUCUGUCCCUUUGUUAUGGGAUAAGAAGACUGGAACUGCAGUUUGCAAUGAAAGUGCCGAGUUGCUGCGCUGGUUGCCUACGGCUUUUAAUGAGCUUCUGUCGCCCGAGCUUGCAUCAAUUGAUUUAUAUCCGAUCCACCUGCGGGAUAAAAUCGAUGCUAUAACCACCUGGAUGCAGUCCGAUAUUAAUGCUGGCGUAUACAAAGCUGGAUUUGCUCCGUCACAGGAAGUCUAUGAUAAGAAUGUCGUGCCUGUGUUUGGUGCGCUGAAUAAGCUUGAGAAGAUCAUUGCCCAGCACGGUGGACCGUUUGUGUUCGGGAGUGAGCUGACUGAGUUGGAUAUCCGGCUAUAUGCCACUUUAAUUCGCUUUGAUACGGUCUAUGUUCAGCAUUUCAAGUGUAAUUUGGGUACUAUCAGACAUGAUUAUCCGAUUUUGAACAACUGGCUGAAGGGUAUCUAUUGGGAUCUUGAAGCGGCGAGAGCAUCAACCGAUUUCAAACAUAUUAAGGAAAAUUAUACAAAGAGUCAUGGGGAUAUUAAUCCGAAGGCAAUUACUCCCAUGGGUCCAUUUCCCGAUGUUGAGGAAGGCGUUGAGAGGGAUUUGAAAAAGUUGGUAGUUGGAGGAGUGAAGCAUCCUGCGGUUUUAGAAUAUGAAAACUCUCUGCAGUAG